AUGGCCGUCAAUACUUCGGCUUUGCGCCGUGUGUUGGCGCUCUACGGAUCCGGCCCUAGACUCGUCCCGUGUCUCACAGCGCUCGGACUCUUGGUCCUCCAGGCCGGCGCCGCCGCGAAUCUGUUCAAUGCCUGCGAGCGAGGCCAAUUCGAUUUCUCGCCUUCCGCGUCACUGACGAUAUCCGAGUUUCUGAGGUUUCUGGUGGCGACGAUACUAUUCAAGCUCGAAGUUAGAAGGCGGCCUGCGAACGGCUCCGGCUAUUCCUCGCUGAGGGGUUCAGAAGAGGCGGAAGCAGAUGACAGCGAAAACAUUCCGUUACCGAACCAGAUUCCUACGGAGAAGGAAUCGAAAUAUGGAAACAUCACGGGCAUGCGCUCCUUGUGGCGCUUUGUUUGGGGAGAGUCUGGAGCGGAAAUCCGGUCUUCGUUCUUGAAGGUUGCUUUCCUGCAAAUGCUUGCCAACAAUCUGUUGUUCCUUACCUACUUGGUUACAGACCCCGGGACGGUUCAACUAACAAGGAGCGGCAUUGCGGUCGCUGCGGCUCUCUUUGUUACCCCGGGAUUCGGGCUGAAAGGCCCCAAGACACGGUGGAUGGCCUUCAUAAUCCAGACGUCCGGUUUGAUCAUCUCCCAGUUCUAUCCGCAACAUCGCACGAGAGCAUCCACGUACCAACUGCACCUUUACUUCAUGCUUGUCGGCCAGGCCAGCUUCAGCGCCUUAUCUGAUUUCCAUGGCGAUAAAUUGCUGAAGAGCACAGACUUCGGAUCAAAUGCGUCCAAUAUUGUCCUCGGAGCGUUUGGGGCUAUCCUCAAUCUAUUUGUACAUGCGAUGGUGCGAUAUGCCAACACACUGGAACCGAGCUUCUUCGCCGGGUACAACGGCAGAGGGUUGUUGGUCAUUCUCUUGACUACUCUGCUGGGCCUUGUUGGUACAGCGUCAUACAAACACAUCGGCCCCCUGGCCCGUUGGUUCAUGACUGAUAUUAUGACCAUUUUCCUCUUGUUGGUGUCCGCAAAACACUACUCACUGAAGUACAGCGGCUUCUUGAUACCAGGAACGGCGUUGAUAUUCAUUGCCUCUGUUGCGUACUUGAAGUAUAGCCCUCUCAAAGACUACAGCGUCCAGCCUCCCACAGAGGAAAGGGCCACCCCUGCUCCUGUCGGCACUUCCAAGAAGAAGCUCAAGUUUGCUCUUCUUACCAUUGUCGGCUUGAUCGGCGGCGGCAUCGUUCCCAUGGUGACAGUAGCCGAACCACCCCAUACGCCCGAAUAUCGAGUUGCCAUGAGAGACGAUACCGAGGGACGCUGCGUAACUCCGCCGAUCGAUAUCAUCCCCCCCUUUACAGAAAAGCAGGCCCCUUACCAGAUCGAAACAGGCGAAGGUAACCUCACUGCCUCGCCUUUCAGUAACACGCUGGCCAUGGUCCGCUGGAACGCGAAACGCAUGGAACGUGUGCCAUUACUGCUCAAAUACAAACCUUUUUUCCAUACCGUCCAUAUUUCAAUGCCGGACAUGAUGGACGACAAACCCAAGGAUUACCAUAACCUCACCCACUCCCAAUACCCACACCACGAGACCAUCUACAUGCAGGUUGCACACACGAUGAAGCUCAUCCUCGAAGAGAAGCCAGAGAUCGAAGGGCUCAUGUAUUUCCACUUCGACUCAUGGAUCGACCCAAUGGCCUGGGUUGACGAGAACCGCAAAUCCAUCUGGUACCCUACCUCCCAUAACACACGACAGUUCGAGGGCGACGGCCCGCGAUACAUGUGCAUGACGGACUGGCAGAAGUUUCCGCAGUGGUGGGGCUGGUACCACAAGUGGAACGAGAAGGCCGUCACCGUCAACGGAGAAAUCAAGCGCAUGAACCGGGGGUACGACGUCGUCGAGGAAGAGUUUUGCGUCGGAUGGUCGGACAUCUACUACAUCCCGCGCCGCUUCUUUGCCGACUUCAUCUUCCUCUCGUACCUCUACGGCUGCGCGGACCUGUUCCACGAAGUGGCCAUCCCGACGAUGCUCAACAUCAUCGACCGCAGUCGGCGCAGCGAGAGCGCCCCUUACCAAUCGCUCAUCGACCGUAUCGGGGACUGCUGGGGAGGAUGCUGCGACUCUUCGGCUACGGCGCAUGACGUGAAGUGGACGCGCUGCGGCCACAGAUUGGACUACUUGAACCAGGAGGUUGUGGACGCGCAUUACAGCCGCCUUGAUGAACAGACUGCAUGGCUCGGUCGGAAUCAGAGAGAGACCGGGAAGAAUCAGCGUUAG